GAUAAGAAGAUAGAACUUAUGCAUAGAUGUUGUGAAAUAUGAGACAGGUUCGUAACAUGUUCCAUAAAAACUUAUCAUUAUUACAUACUGUUUAUGGGCAAAGAAUACGCUUAUCAAAUAAAUUACUUAUUAUACUGUUUUAUAUCUAUCUAAAAAAUUGUCAACAAGUUCAAGGUUUAUUACUGUCUGACAUUACUUUUGAAACGGAAAUACUUUAUCGGUGCGGCUAAUAGUGUUCGGCGUUAUAAACAUGCUAAAUUGACUGUCGUACGCAUGCGCAGAUCGAUAAAGCUUGCGCAGAGAGCGUCCUAUUUAAUUACGCCACCAUUUUCCUUGUGUUUUCAUAUUCUUUCGAACAAAAUAAAUACUAUUAUGCAUUCCGAAUCUUAAUGGCUGACUAUUUAUAAUGUAAACAACUCUUUGAGCUCGAUCGUUAAUGGCUCUUUGCCUCAUUCGAAGUUAAAAACAGGAAAAUGAUAUGAUAAACUGAAGCAUAGGUCGUCUUAUUUUUAGCCUAGCGUAAACAUCUGGUUAACAAAUUGUUUCUGAUCUUUUCCAGAUUUCGAUGAUGAUGCAAUUAUUUAUAUUAAACGUUACAAGUACGAUGGAUUUCUAGAAAUGAAGUAUUUAGACAUUAACGAGUGGUAAGAGUUUCGGUAUUUUAUAAUAAUAGCUAUUCCUAGAAUUUCAUUGCAACAUAUUAUUUUACAAGUCAAAUCUACGAAUAAGUAGCAAAAAAAAUUGUGUAAGACUAUAAUUGUAUAUUUUAUGGGCAAAUUGAUACUGUCAUUUGUUUUUGUUAAACGACUGUUAAUAAUUAUCGCAAUAACUUAAGAUAAGACCUCUUUGAACCCAAUGUCAUCAUUAGAUUGAGAUAUUUGAGCAUCACCUGAGCUUCGAAGAAAGUCUACCUCCAGAGAACUGCUGAUCCCUGCGAAGACUACAAACAAUGGCCGAUAAUCGCAAACCUUCGUCUCAACAAGCCAUGACCGGACUAAUGAAAGCCUUCCAGAAACUAAGCCCUACCAAGCGACAGUACGCCGAGAUUACCCAGUCCAAUUCUUCGAUAUCGUCAUCUUCCUCUGGCUCCAAAUACAAUGAUUCUAGUUCCGGAAGAUACACACCAUUGUCAGAAGAAGGACGAACUUCAGCUCGUGCAUCAACCUCAACCCAGGCUCAAAAACCAGCCUCUUCUCAACAGAAGGGAGGAACGUCUUCACGUGAAGAUGAACAAAAGCUUCUACGUAAGCUUCAGACAACUUUUGGUGAAGCAUCCAACUUGCUUAACGAGUAUGUCGACAUGCGUAGCCGCAAAAAGUAAUCCCUUGUUUUGGAUGUCAAUUAUUGAAAAUAAACACUGUUAACAUUGACUGUGAUUUCAUUAGCUAUGAUCAUUAGCAGGUCAAUAAAUAGAUA